UCUUCUUUGAUUCGUCAAAUAACAGUCGCCGUAGCCUUGAGGUUCAGAAGUCUGGAGCCACCGCGCAGACACGGAGAAACCGUACGUAAAAAUUCAUAGAAUAAUAUAGGCGUUCAAGGCAAGCACGCAGAAUUCCACACUGUCGUCUUUAUUGUGUCUUUCCUCGAGCGGAAUUCUUAACUCUGUGAUACGAGGCGCAAUUUUGGCGAACAAUGGCGAGCGAGGAGUACAUGCAGAAAAUGCAGGCUCGGAAGAGCUACCGCAACUUCUGGCACACCGAUCUCAUGAGUGCCCCAUUGGCCGAUCCUCUCUAUUGUUGUUUCGCUGUUUGUUGUGGUCCAUGUGCCUCAUAUCUCCUGCGCAAGCGAGCUCUUUAUAAUGAUAUGUCUAGAUACGUAUGCUGUGGGGGAUAUAUGCCUUGCAGUGGCCGAUGUGGCGAAAGUCAUUGCCCUGAACUUUGUCUUUGCACAGAGGUUUUUUGUUGCUUUGCGAAUUCAGUUGCUUCAACGCGCUUUAUGUUACAAGAUGAGUUCAACAUACAGACAACACAGUGUGAUAAUUGCAUAAUUGGAUUCAUGUUCUGUCUCCAGCAGCUGGCAUGCAUAUGUAGCUGCAUUGCUUGCAUUCUUGGAAGUGACGAACUUAGAGAACUGUCUCAGAUAUUGAAUUGCCUUUCAGACAUGGUUACCUGCACGGUUUGCUCCUGUAUGCAGACACAGCACAAAGUUGAAAUGGAUAAAAGAGAUGGGAAAUUUGGGCCGCCACCACCAAUGGCGGUUCCUACUCCUCAACAUAUGUCUCGUAUAGAUCAGCCUAUUCCUCCACCAGCAGGAUCUGGUCAGUCACCUCCACCACAACAAAUGGUUUACCCACCACCCCAGCAGGGAUAUGGUUACCAAGCACCUCCACCUCAACCAACAGAGGGGUAUGGCUACCCACCACAGUCUGCCCCAGCACCUGGACAGGGCUAUGGUUACCCACCACCACCUCCUCCGUCUGCCCAGGGCUAUGGUUAUCCACUACCACCUCCUUCCCAAGGUCUCCAAAUGCCAAAUUAUCCUCCACCUGGAGCAGGUUAUCCCCCACCCAAUUAUGGCAAGUAACACAAUAAAAGAUUGAAAAUUCAUUUUUGUGCAAAUUAAUAUUCACUUCUUUUCAUUGUUGUAAAAUAAAAGCCACCCCCCAAAAUACAGUUUUUAGUGCACACUACAUAAGUAUUAGUCACUAUAGGGCUUUGUUUUGUUCUGUUACAUUAGCAUCAGUUUGGAAUUGCAUCCCUGUCUUGCCUUUUUUAUUGUCCUAUCAAGUAGCAUUGUCCAGGUCCAGUGAGAUGAUUGUAAUCAUAUGUUAGUAUGUUAUAGUGUGAGAUGAUUGUAAUCGUAUGUUAGUAUGUUAUAGUGUUUUAGGAACAGCCUUCAUUGAUGAAAUUGUGUUUCACAUCCUUACUUUGAUAUCAGGUUGGUUUUGAUUCUCUGUUA